GGAUGCAUCGUCAACCCUAAAAAAUGAUAUUUCGCGAGAUAUUCCCCAGAUUUGUCACCGGUAGAAAGAAAGUCGAGUUAAAGUUGAAUUCUCACACCCUUAUAUCUUGACCUCUAGGUUAGGGGUAGGUGCUCGCGUUUUUUCAAGUACGCAGCAUUUGUACGAAUAAUAUUGCAUGCGCGAACAGUGAUUGUGGGUAUUUAUGUUGUCUUUUUUUAUUUAACGGCAAGUAUCGGGGGUAUUUUUUCGCGAGCAAAUCAAUGUGCAAAAAUGGACAACAACGUAUUGGCUAAAUGGUGCAGAAUCUGUUACUCGGAAUUGUCUUCCGGAUUCAAUCUUUUUGGCGAAGAAGCUAGAAAAUCUUUCCUCCAUGCGAAAAUUAGGAAAUAUCUGUCACUUACAAUAUCAGUAGAAGACCACCUUCCUAAAAUGAUCUGCACAGAUUGCUACACCAAGCUAGACGGAUUUCAUAAGUUUGCGACGAUGGCUUUGAAAAACCAAGAGAAAAUGUCAAAAGUCAUUUCUUGUCAGUCCAGUACAGAAAAUAACCAAGCUGAAACGAAAUCGCUGCUUCACACAUAUCUAACAAAGGGUGUGAAAAAAGAAGAGGACUCAACAGACGCUGAAGUGACUGAAGUUGAGGUGAAAAUUGACCCCAUGAUGAUCUUACAAUGUUGCCUAGAACCCGAUGAAGACACUCAAGAUGUCAAACCAACAGAAAAGGAUGACAUCUUUGAAGAACUCCCCAAACCAGUGCCUGAACAAACCAAAUGCGAGAAUCUCAAAUCCAAAAAACCAUACGCGUGCAAUGUGUGUCCCAGAAGGUAUACGUCAGAACUAGCGUUGCAGAAUCACAUGUGGAGUCACUCACCAUAUCCUAAGAGGAUGAUACUUAAUUUGGCAGUCAACACUUACAACAAUGUUGACAGGAAAUAUACGCCUACUAUAGUAAACGGAAAAGACAGAAAUACAGAAAGUGUCGAUAAAGCUUCCGAAGAAGAAGAAGAAGAAGAAGAUAGUGAUGAUAGUGACGAGGAAUAUAAUGAACAAAAAUGCCCUUGUCCGAUUUGUGGGAAAGUGAUAUCUUCUAAAGGAAAUUUGAAAGUUCAUUUGGAGACCCAUAGACCCAAAGGAAAAUAUGGAUGUGAUAUUUGUGGGAGAAUAUUCAAGACUCAAUGUAACUUGUAUCGUCAUAAAGAAUACCAUGAAGGUGUUCAAUACACAUGUGAAGUUUGUGGUCGAGUUUAUCCCACAAACAGCACUUUAAGGGCACAUUCUAUAACGCAUAGCGACUUGAGGCCACACGAAUGCCCGAUGUGCGACAAGACUUUUAAAAGAAACCAAGACUUGAAGUUCCACAUAAAUCAACACACUGGCGCUCGACCUUACAGAUGCCCGUAUUGUCCAAAAGCAUUCGCCAGUUCCGGGAACUGCUUUUCCCAUAGAAAGAGGAUGCAUCCCAUGGAAGUAGAACGCGAUAGAGAAAGAGCUGCCAAAAUAAUGCGAUAGUGAAAUUUAGUUUUUUGGAAACUCUGAAAAGUUUUUUUUACCUGUGUGUGCUCAUAUCUUGAGUGUGGCUUAUUCCUGAAUGUUUUCCCAAAAAAAUCCGUAGAUAUUUCGUUAAGUUGAGUUUUUUAGUGUUUAGUACUUUUUGGGAUGCAUUCCCAUAAUGAUUCGAUACUUCUGCAAAAUUUGUCACAUCUAGUCAUAGAAUUAAUUUUUGUAUCUUAAAAAACUCAGUUUAACGUAAUGAACUAUGUGCAAUAAUUUAUAUUUUCAAUAGGAAGAGACAGAAAACAUCAGUAAUAUGAACCUAUACAGGAUGUUACGAGAACAUGAACCAAACAUUCGGGUGAUUAUUUUUUUGAAAACCAUUAUUUUGUCCUUUGACGAUUUUCAAAAAAAUAUGCAGGCCAAACAAAAUCAAAGGACACAAUACACUUAUAACAUAGUCCCAAAAAUCACCACUUGAUUGUUUGCUUUAUGAAAAGAUCCUAUAUAUUUCUCAGUAUGGAUAAAGAAUCUCGUCGUUUGUUGGUUAGAGCUCCAAAGGAAUCAAAAAUAGUCUGCUCAGAAAAGUUCUUCCAAGUACAUAGCAACACAAACACCAAUCUGCAUUCACAAAAAGUAUGUAGCUACGCUAUUUUAGUAAGUGUGGUCUAAGUAAAAAGAAAGUUGUCAAAAAGUCUUGAAAUCUCAUCUCAAAAAUAGUGCUAGAUUACCAUUUGCCAAUUGUGAUGUUUCACUAGAGAAGCUGUAACGCGUUUCGCUUUUAUUUGAGAAGCAUCGACAGACUAGAAGUUAAGUUUCAAUUCCAAAGUUAUAACGUACUGAUAAGGAGUUACAAAAUGAGGGGUCUCAAGAUCCCCCCAUUGUAUUCAAGACAUGUUCUAAGAUGACGUCAACCGCCACGCUCCAAUUUUCAGCUGUUAUUUAGUAAUAUACUUCGAAGUUGAGUCAUUUAUUUUAGCAGUGCGUAGAUCUGAUCAAAAGAAAUGUUUUUUUCCUUUAACAUUUUUGUGGUAAAAUUAAAGUAACAAAGUUAUA